AUGUCGCUCGACGGCAGCUUCUCCGUGGCCGCGGCCCUCGCGCGGCUGCUUGCCCGGUGCCCCGCGCUCCGCGCCGACCCGCGCCUCCUGGCGCUCGCCUCGGCGCCCGUCGCCGCGCCCCCUACCCGCGACGACGUCGCCGCCGCGCUCGCCGAGCCGCUGCUCCACACGCGCUACACCGUCCCCGUGCUCGGCUGCUUCCUCCCGCUUGCGCGCUCGCUCGUCGGCCGCGCCGUCGCGCUGCUCCGCUCUGCCGAGCACGCCCUCCAUGCGGAUGACGCUGCACGCCGGGAGGAGGAGGCUGGGGAGGGGGACAUCCACGUCGUCGAAUUCUACCUCUCCAGGGGCAGAGGCCUGCGGCUGCACGAGCUCGCGUGCCUCGCGUUCGCGCGCGCCCUCGACCUAGCCCCCUACUUGCUCAGAUUUGUACUGAGCUACUUCAAGUUUUCCCCACCACCAUUCCAAAGGCUUCUAUGCGAAGGUUUUCGUUCGCAAAUUCCUUCCAAGGAACUACGUUUGUUGCUUGCUGCCACACAAGUAUCAUAUCGGUUUCUAGGAUUGGAACCCAGAGUAUUUUGUGAACAAUGGGACUGGUCUUGCUUUUUAGACCUUGUGUAUAGUACUGCUGAUUGUAUUUUAGUUGACAAUUCACUUUAUAGUGUUGGAUUGGACUUAAGAUGGUGCACAAUACAAAUACUUAUGGUGGUUUUGAAAGCAAGUGAUAUGGCUAUUGAAAGUUUUGGUCUGGGAGCAGAUGAAGCAUUCACAUGUUUUCUGAGAUGGAAAGAGUUUUGCAUGGACACUUCCUUAGAGAAAGCCUCUUUAUAUCUUCAGAAGGAAGGUUGCGAUUCUAGAAAUAGUGUAGGUGGGCUCACUUCUUUGGCUGAUUGUUUGUCAGAUUGGGAGGUUGUAACGGGAAGAGAGCAUAGCAUUGGAAGUUAUGCAUGUCCGUUUGUGCUCACUGCUACUUUGAGGAAGAGUUACGAGGUAGCUUUGAUGGCAGUUAGCCAGAAGUGGCCCAUACUUCUCUAUGGUCCUGUUGGUGCUGGAAAAACUGCACUUAUCAGGAAGUUGGCACAGACAGGCGGAAAUCGAGUACUUUUUAUCCACAUGGAUGAGCAAAUGGAUGGUAGGACCUUAAUUGGGAGUUACAUUUGCAUGGAAAAACCUGGUGAAUUCAAGUGGGCUCCUGGUUCCCUUACACAGGCCAUUGUCAAAGGGUUUUGGAUUGUGUUUGAAGACAUAGACAAGGCCCCCAGUGAUGUGCAGUCAAUCUUACUACCUUUAUUGGAAGGUUCAAUCUCCUUUUCAGUUGGUCAUGCAGAAGCUGUGGAAGUUGCUGAGAGUUUCCGUUUAUUUGCUACCAUCACCACAUCAAAGAAUGAUGUUUCUCAUGGCCUAGAAGGGAGACUCACCUUCAGUGCUUUGUGGAGAAAAGUGAUGGUGGGAGAACCUAAUAGGAGAGACAUGGUUAAUAUAAUUAAAGAGUGCUACCCAAGCUUGGAGCCCAUCUCCUCCAAACUCAUAGAUACCUUCGAAAAGGUCAACUAUCUAUUAUCUAAUCAGUUUGGCGGGCUUAACUUAGCUGGAGGUUUAUCUGAUGGUGUUCUGCACAGAUUUUCAUUAAGGGACCUGCUCAAAUGGUGCAAGAGAAUAUUAGGAGUCGAUCUCAACAUUGAGGGUCUGGGAUUUGCAUCUAGAGGUUGCAAAUUAAUUUAUCAUGAGGCUGUUGACAUUUUUGCUGCUUCCUUAUCAUCCCCGGACAAAAGGAUCUAUGUAGCAGGAGAAAUUGCUAAAAUAUUAGGCGUCACUCAUCGAGCUGAAACCGUGCAACCCACGGACAAGCCCAUUAUCCAGGCUCGACAUACUGAAUUGCAAGUUGGUAGAGUUACAUUGCAGUGCAGCGACAAACCAGCGUUGAUCCAGAAGGGGCCUUUUGCUGGUAUUCGGUGCACAUUAGAAGUUCUUGAGAGGGUUACAUGUUCAAUAAAGUUCAAUGAGCCCAUUCUUCUUGUUGGCGAAACUGGUACUGGGAAGACUACCACCGUGCAGAAUCUUGCUGCCUGGCUUAAGCAGCCCCUUACUGUGGUGAACUUAAGCCAGCAAAGUGAUAUUUCUGAUCUCCUCGGCGGUUUUAAGCCUACAGAUGCUCGGUCAAUAUGCUUUCCUCUUUAUAUAGAGUUCAUGGAUCUUUUUUGUCGAAGUUUUUCUGGAAAGGAUAACGAAGCUAUUCUACACCAUUGUGAUAUAUAUGUAAUGGAAAAGAAAUGGAAAAAACUAUUACGCGCUUUGGCAAAAUGUGUUGAGAAGGCUCAGAAGCUAAUUGAAGGGAGUUCAAAGUCUUGCAGUGGUUCAAAGAGAAAAAGGCCCUUGCCGGCCCAAGUUGUUUCUGACUGGGACACCUUUUCUUCCAGGCUAAAUGCUGCUUGUAGUCAAAUUGGUUCAGCAACUGGCAUGUCAUUUCGAUUUGUGGAGGGUGCUUUUGUGUCAGCUUUAAGAAAUGGCCACUGGAUUUUGCUUGAUGAGGUCAACCUUGCACCUCCAGAGACUCUUCAAAGAAUUGGUGCUGUCCUGGAUGGAGAGAGGGGCACACUUUGCCUGGCUGAAAGGGGUGACGUGGAUUACGUUGAACGUCAUCCUUGCUUCCGGUUGUUUGCCUGCAUGAAUCCAGCAACUGAUGCUGGGAAAAGAGAACUGCCAUACACUUUUAGGAGCCGCUUUACUGAAUACUUUGUUGAUGAUCUUGUGGAUGACGAUGAUCUACGUCUUUUUAUCAGUAAAUAUCUGGAUGGUCUGAAUGUUGCGAACAGAGUUACAGAUAGUAUUGUUCGGUUUUAUAAAGUGGCAAAAAAGGAAUCUGAGAGGCUGCAGGAUGGAGCUCAUCAGAAGCCCCAAUUUAGUUUGAGAUCUCUUUCUCGUGCGUUAGGUUAUCUUAAAAACGCAGAGAAAAAAUUUGGCUUCGGGAAAGCUCUUUAUGAUGGCUUCUGUAUGUUCUUUCUUACAAUGUUGGAUGCCCCUAGUGCAAAAAUCAUUAAGAACUUAAUCGUGUCACUUCUGUUAGAUGGAAGAGUGCCACCUAGCAUUUCUUUUGUUGACUACUUCAUGGAAAACUCUAUGCAACUAGAUGGUUGUGAAUCUGAUGAAUUUUUGCGGAGCUAUGUUUUAACUAACAGUGUUACUGAGCACAUAGUUAACCUUGCCCGUGCUGUUUAUAUUAAAAGAUAUCCUGUUCUUCUACAAGGACCAACAUCAAGUGGCAAAACUAGCCUUGUGAGGUAUCUUGCCGCAAAAACUGGCCAUGAGUUUGUCCGAAUCAACAACCAUGAGCAUACUGAUCUUCAAGAAUAUCUUGGUACUUAUGUCACCGACAGUCAUGGGAAGCUUCAGUUCCAGGAGGGUGCUUUGGUGAAGGCUGUGCGAGAGGGGCACUGGAUUGUGUUGGAUGAGCUAAACCUGGCACCAUCUGAUGUCCUGGAAGCUUUAAAUCGGUUGUUAGAUGACAAUCGGGAGCUCUUUGUGCCAGAACUGCAAGAGACCAUACCUGCUCAUCCUAGUUUUAUGCUUUUUGCUACACAAAAUCCACCUAUGCUUUAUGGGGGACGUAAAAUGUUGUCUCGGGCAUUCCGCAACCGUUUUAUUGAAGUUCAUGUUGAUGAAAUCCCAGAAGAUGAGCUAAUCACUAUUCUGGAGCAGCGGUGUAGAAUUGCUCCCAGUUAUGCCAGAAAAAUGGUUGAAGUUAUGAAAGAUUUGCAAAUGCAUAGACAAAAUAGUAGAGUUUUUGCCGGCAAACAUGGUUUCAUUACGCCACGGGAUUUAUUCCGUUGGGCCAAUCGAUACAGAACAUUUGAAGGGAAGUCAUAUGAAGAUCUCGCUAAAGAUGGCUAUUUUCUUCUCGCAGAGAGAUUAAGGGAUGACAAUGAGAAAGCUGUUGUUCAAGAAGCUUUGGAGCACCACCUACGUGUUAAACUCAAUGUCACGGAUCUAUAUAACUCGGAAGUCACUCAUGAAGAUAAUUUAUCUCUUGAUGCUAUCAGACUGAGAGUUCAAGAAUGCUUUGGAAAUAUCACGUGGACGAAAAGUAUGUGGAGGCUAUACUUCCUUAUUGAGCGUUGCUACAGAUCACGUGAACCUGUCCUCCUUGUUGGUGAAACUGGUGGUGGGAAAACAACUGUUUGCCAGGUUUUAAGUGCUGUUCUUGGAUUGAAGUUACACAUUUUGAACUGCCAUCAAUAUACCGAGACAUCAGACUUCAUUGGGGGAUUUUGUCCUAUACGUGACCGGUCAAGAAUAGCACUCGAGUUCAAGCAUCUUGUUGCAAGAAUCAAACAGAUGAAAAUAUUCGUUCAUGUUGCAGGGGAUGUGCCACUUGAAACUGAUAUAUCUGGAGCUGAUAGCAUCAUGGGUCAUUUGAAUGAAAUGGUUGAGAGAUACAGAAAGGAAAAAGAUCUCUUUCCGGAGGUGUCAACUCAAGAUCUUGACGUCAUGGAGCAAAUUAAGUUGGAUCUGAUGCAUCUCCACAAGAGGUGGCAGGCUAUUUUCCUUUGGCAGGAUGGGCCACUUGUGCAAGCAAUGAAGAAUGGUGAUCUUUUCCUUAUUGAUGAAAUUUCUUUAGCCGAUGACAGUGUACUUGAACGGUUGAACAGUGUUUUAGAACCUGAAAGAAAAUUGUCACUUGCCGAGAAAGGUGGUUCUGUGCUAGAGAAGAUUGUAGCGCAUCCAAACUUCUUUAUUCUUGCGACAAUGAAUCCAGGUGGUGACUAUGGAAAGAAAGAACUUUCUCCUGCACUGCGAAAUCGAUUCACAGAAUUAUGGGUUCCUGCUGUUACUGAUGUUGAUGAACUCAAGAGCAUAACUUUAGGAAGGUUCGCUAAAGCUGAGCUCACUUGCUAUGGAGAUUGCAUUGUUACCUUCUGGAAUUGGUUCAACCAAUUGCACAUCGGAAGAACACUCACGAUACGGGACUUGCUGUCCUGGAUUUCAUUUAUCAAUGUGACCGAGCAAAAUCUUGGGCCACAGCAAGCUUUGAUACAUGGCCUGUUCCUUAUUUUACUUGAUGGGCUUUCAUUGGGAGUGAAUGUUUCUAAAACUGAGGCUACCAAGUUGAGAAGUACUUGCUUGUCCUUCCUUCUAGAAGAGCUGCAGAAGGUUGAGGGGAAAGCAGUAGACUCUUACUUAAAUGAUCUAAGCUAUUAUGGCUGGGGUGACAAUAUAAGAAAGGCAGAUAUGAAUCAUGAUUAUUUGGAAGAUCAUUUCGGCAUUGCACCGUUUUAUAUUGCUAAAGGUCAUUUUGCUUGUAAGCAACAGGGCUUUGAAAUAAUGGCGCCCACCACCAAUAAGAAUGUUUUGCGAGUUUUGCGGGGUAUGCAACUACCUAAACCUCUUCUUCUGGAAGGUAGUCCUGGAGUUGGAAAAACAAGCUUAAUUGUCGCACUAGCUGGAUUUUCUGGUCACGAUGUUGUGCGGAUAAACUUAUCUGAACAGACAGACAUGAUGGAUCUUUUAGGUUCAGACCUGCCAGCUGAAGGGGCUAAUGGAAUGGAAUUUUCCUGGUCUGAUGGUAUUCUUCUUCAGGCUUUAAAGAAUGGAAGCUGGGUCCUGUUGGAUGAGCUCAAUCUCGCCCCGCAAUCUGUGCUGGAGGGUCUGAAUGCCAUUUUGGACCACCGAGCUGAGGUCUUUAUACCAGAGCUUGGUCAAACUUACAAAUGCCCACCAUCCUUUCGUAUCUUUGCAUGCCAGAAUCCUUCGUCACAAGGUGGUGGACGGAAAGGCCUUCCCAAAUCGUUUCUGAAUCGCUUCACCAAAGUUUAUGUUGAUGAGUUAUCAGAGGAAGAUUAUUUGUUCAUUUGUAAAUCACGAUAUUAUCCAUUAAUCUCUGAAAGUCUCCUCCGGAAUCUUAUUCGCUUUAAUAACAGGCUGUACAUGGAUACCAUGAUACAUAGGAAGUAUGGCCAAGAAGGCUGCCCUUGGGAAUUUAAUCUACGUGACAUUAUCAGGUCUUGUGAGAUGAUAGCAGGUUCUCCAGAUACUUCAAGUGAUGACUGCUUUUUAAAUACUGUCUACCUUCAACGAAUGAGAACUGAGGUCGAUCGCCAUGAAGUUGUCAAGCUGUUUGAAGAAAUCUUUCAGAAAAAACCGAGUAUUCAUCAAUCGAAAAGGCUUUAUGUCAAUCCGCAUUCCUUGGUUGCUGGAAGCGCGUCUAUUAGAAGAAAUAACCUCCAAUCAUAUAAAGUGCAGAAUAAUCAACUCAACAUAUUUCCAGGUAUCCUUCAUAGCCUUGAAGCUGCGAUGCACUGCAUCCAUCAAGGUUGGCUGUGCAUUCUUGUUGGACACAAUUCAUCUGGGAAAACCUCAUUAAUCCGCUUGCUUGCUCAGCUGUCUGGAAAUACAUUAAAUGAGUUGAAUCUGUCUUCUGCAACUGAUUUGUCAGAAUUGCUUGGAUGCUUUGAGCAGUAUAACUUCUUUAGGCACUAUAAAGCGGUCAUAUCACAAGUUGAGCAUUAUAUUGAUGUGUAUUUUAGCCUGAGUAUGGAUAUAAACUGGAAAAAUCUAAUUGUGGAAAGGAAGGGUUUGUUUGUGAAAUGGUUUGAAUUUGUGGCUGCAAAAAAGUACUCUUCAAUCAAGACUUCGACAUUUAUUGAAAUGAAUAGGAAUGCAUCUUUGCCAUCAUUGUGUUUGGUUGCUGAUAUAGUUGAGCAGAUGAAAUGUGAUCUGGAAAUGUUUGACUUGCCUAUAUCAUUGACAAAAGAUGAUCUGAGUAAAACACUGAAGUCCAUCUACAACUUGCAGCAGAAUGGAGCUGCACACCAACCAGUUAAAUUUGAAUGGGUCGCUGGAGAUUUGAUCAGGGCCAUUGAAUGUGGUGAAUGGAUUGUUUUGGACAACGCGAAUUUUUGUAACCCUACUGUGCUUGAUAGGAUAAACUCUUUGGUUGAGCAAGAAAGGUCCAUUGUAGUCAAUGAAUGUGGUCUUAUUGACGGGAAUCCUGUAGUUAUCAAGGCCCACCCUAAGUUCCGUAUGUUUCUGACAGUCAAUGCAAAGUAUGGUGAAGUUUCAAGAGCCAUGCGAAACAGAGGAGUGGAGGUCUUUCUGAUGGACCAAGCCUGGAAUUCAGAAGGACUCAGCAAUGUGCCUGGGGAUAGCGAGAGGAAGGAUAUGAUCAGGUUUUUAAUUUCUUCUGGGAUACCAAGAAUGGAACUGAUCUCGUCAAUGAGUGAAGCACACAUGUAUGCAAAAGCUGCUGGAUUACGUCUUGGUAUAAACAUUACCCUUCUUGAAAUCACACGAUGGGUUCAACUGUUUCAACAACUUAUUAUUGAAGGAAAUCAGUUCCUUUGGAGCCUGCAUUUGAGUUGGGAACACACAUACCUGCCAUCUUUGGUUGAAGUAAAUGGAUCUGACAUUGUGGAGACGGGAAAAAUUAGGUUUUUGACUAAUUUUGAUGGAUCUGACAUUAUGGACAAGAGAAAAUUUAGGUUUUUGAUUGAUUUUGAUGGUGGUUCAACUGGUUUGCAUUCUGGAUUUUCUUUAUCCUUGCCUGGUGGUUGGCCAAUAGAGCAAAAGCUGAGGGACUUCAUUUGGUAUUCAAAAGAAACUUGUGUCAAGAGAAAUUGUAUGUAUCUACAGGCAUUGGGUGCCCAGUACGCUGCUUUUCAGAUAAGCAAUUUGAAAGAUAGUUUAUCCUUGUUGGGUCCUAUUAGUAACAUCCACCCUUCUAUUCUUCCUACCACAAGCUUACAUGAACUACAGUUCCCGACGGUUUCUGGUCAGAGUGUCAAAAGUCGUGUAACUGUGGCAUUUGAUUCAGAUUUAGCUGAUCAGAUGCUUUUCUUUGCUGCAAACUGGGUUAUAGAGCAAUCUACUGAGCAUGAUCUUGCAUUGUAUGCCAUAUGGUUUAAAUGGUAUAAUUGCCUGGUCCGGCCUUAUUGCAACUUCUUUGAGAGUUACGGGUAUAUUCUUAAGCAAGAAAGUGAGCAUCCUAUUUGGCAUAGCAUCCUCGAAUGUUACAGGGAAAUAGUUGCUUAUCACAAGACCAAUACCAUUACUCAGCCUAUUCCAAUGCUUUCAAAGAAGUUGCUAGAUAUGGCUGGUUGUGACAACCUUAAAGCUUGCCAGAACCGGCUUUGUAAUGCUCUUAAUGGUUUGAACUUGCUGCGGCUUACGUUGCAGCAAUGGCAGUUUGAGACAAAUUUUCCUGAUCUUGCUGCUCUGAAAGCUACUUUGUUGCCUGCAUUGAAGUCCCUCAGAUGCUUGGAGGGCGUGGUACUUAAGAUGAUUGUGAAAUCUCGGAAGCUGCUGCACAUAUACUCCCACCUUAUUGAUUAUCACAGAUCGAUAUGGAAGAUGAUGAUUUCAUCUCAGUUUGAGGGGUUACCAGUUGUUUGGAGUCUUUUGAGGAAAGAAAUACUAAAGUUGCAACCAAAGUUCCCGGCAGAAGUUGGUGUAUUUUUGAUGGAAUGUGUCAAUCUCAACAAUCUCCAUGAUUUCCAUUUUCAAUAUGAAAAACCAACUUUGUGGGUUUAUGGAGGUCAUCCUCUUGUGCCACCUUCUAGCGGGAUCUUCUACAAAUUACAAGAAAUUUUGGCCUUCUCUGCAGUUGUGUGGCCAAGGAAGAAUAUUUUGAAUAUACAUCUCGAUGAUAAACAACAGUUACUUGAUGCAUUGCUGUCAGCCAAUCAGGAUCUUAGACACCUUGCAAUGGAAGGUGUCUCUAUGGCUUCUCUUGUUGCAACUAAAACUGAGGAAGAUGUUUCAACUAUUGUCACCCAAUUGGAUGAAGUUCACAAGAGGCUUGUUGGAAAAGUUGACUAUGAGAGGAGCAAUCUUGAAUUAUUGACCAAGACUUCAGUGGCGGAAAUUAAAUCCUGCUGCUCAGUAUCAUCGGAUAUUGUAUGCAACAUGUAUGGUUUCAAUGGUUGGUUGGCGAGUCUUCCUUUGCUCAACUUGAAGAGCUUAUACUUGGAUACUAUUUUACUUCAACGACUAUCCAAGUGCACACAAAAGGAUUCUUCCGAAGCUCACGAGAUCAUUGCGAAUUCCAAGUACCUGCUGAAGUAUGCUAUGGAUUACUCAUUAGAGUCAUCUUCAAGAUCUCCUCUUGAGUAUACACAAUAUCAGAUCAUUUGCUGGAUUCAUCAUGCCUGGGCCACAGUUGAUAAUGUGCAUGUAAAAGUUGCUAGUUCCAUUCUUGAAAUGUGGUACAAUUAUCACUCUUCCUUGUGGACUUAUUGCUCUGGAAGCCCAAAGAGUCUAUUCUCGGUCACACAUGAUGAAGCCUGUGACCUGGCACACCUGACAAAAAUGGACGCCAUCAAUACUAUUAUCCAACAGGAUUUACGUGCGGUGGAUUAUCAUAAGAAUUAUCUAAUGCUUAGAAUUUCAUCUAGAAACCUCUGGGAAGGUAUCUCAGAUGUGGGAAACUUUGUUGAUAGUCUCCAAUCUGCUGCUGAUUCCCUCUUUAAGCAGAUUAUAUUUGCCCACAAGAAACAUUUCAAGAAAGAGGACUACAACCAGUUAGAGUCCGUCCUAUUCCAACAACCGAAACAUUAUCUAGAGAAAGAAGAUCUAGAUGCCAUUGGUGCACUGUUAUCAUCUUCAAGUCAUGGAGUAUUGGCUUCACUCUCAGGGUCAGAGAAACUCGUAGAGUUCUUGCUUAUGGAUUUGUAUUCAGCCUACUCCCGUGACUCUUUAUCGCAUACUGGGGCUGCCUGGGUGCAUAUAGGAGAGUUGCGCUUCCGGUUAUUGUUGAGCUCAUACAGUCCAGAUCCUGCAUUUGAAUCUGCAUACAAGCAUUCUCAUAUUCUGGAAAAGAUUUCACUUGUGGAGCUUGAGGGAAAGGUUCGUCAUGAUUGCGAGGAAUUGGUUGGUUCUAGCUGCGCUGAAGAUAGUCAUGAUCAGAAGUUGUUGCAAGAGCUGAAAACUGAAGAGAAAGACAUCCGGGCAAAGGUUGUAUUUCGACCUCAACAAUCUAAGCAUAAGAGUCUCGUUGCUGCAUGCUUUGAGUUUGAGGACCGGCUGGCUGAUUGCAAGGACUUGUUAGCUAACUUAAAUUGCAAAGGAGUUGGGCAACUAGAGGUUGACAGAGUCUGCAAUUGGCAGAUAACAUCCAUGCACUUUAUCAUGAGGCUGACAGAAGAGUAUGGGGAAUAUCUUGAUUUGAUCCAACCAGUUCAAGUUGCUGUAUAUGAAAUGAAACUUGGCUUAGCAAUUGCUCUAUCUGGUUCUCUUCAGAGAGAGUAUUUGAAGAAGAUUAAAGAAGAUGAUAUUGAACGAGUUCUGGGCACAAUUUGUGCUUUUAUGCAGUUUCCCUCUGGAUCUAUUACAAAAUAUGGAAUUGAUGAUCAACUAGGAACCCAAUACAGUGUUUUUGGUUAUGUAGAUAUGUUGAAGAAGCUUGCUGCUAUUUCAAGUCAAUUGAAUGUUGGUAAAGUGACAGACAAAGUGAAGUCCAACUCUGAAAUGCUAGUUUCGAUACAUCAUAUUUCUUUAGUAAGAACAACAUAUUGUGUGAGUUGUUCCCUUAUUAUGGAUAAAGCAUCUUAUCUGUCAUUGAAGGAUACCUUCGAUCAUUUUACAAGCAUGUGGAUCGACAUGAAAUCUCGUUUGAAGGCUAAAGAAAAUGAUGAUUCUCAGUAUUACAAGUUCAGAUCGCGAAUGAUCGAUGUACAAGACAUUUUUAAAGAAGAUGUGCCGUCACUUUCAGAUGUGAACUCAGAAGGCAACGAUGUACCAGACAAUGAGGAACAAUUAGAGCAUGAAUUUAAUAAAAUUAUGGAGAGAAUCAAUGAGGAUGAUGACGCUGUUGAAGACACUUGGGAUCUCAUACCAGAGUCUGCUCUGAAAUCUAUUGCAACCAUACAUGACCAAUUGUUUGGUUCCCCAGAUCUUUUUGAGAAGCCUAGCAAAUGCCAAAUUAGUGAUGCGCAGAAAAUUCAAUCUUUCAUAGAAUCAUAUGAGCUGGGAACAAGAAUACUGAAAGACCUGCCUGAAUUAACAUGUUCUAUAUUUGAUGAGAAGCUCAUGCCUGAGCAUCUAUUUCGUGUUUGUCUGGAAUAUCAACGAACUUGUGCAACUUCUCCAGACUGCAGUGGUUAUAAUGCUUACAAGGACCCGAAUCCUUCUAUGUUGUUCAAAAUGGUUGAGCCACUAACUACACUUCAAGAGAAAGUUAGAUACUAUUUGGAUGAAUGGCCUGAGCAUCCGGGUCUUCUGAAAGUAUUGGACAUAAUUGCUUCCCUUGUAGCAAUGCCCCUGAGCACGCCACUCUCGAAGGCCUUACUUGGAUUGCAACUGCUGGCUGGGAAAGCUCAAACGUUGCAGGAAAAUGACUCCAAGUUCUUUCUAAAAGAUCAUCUUGCACCUAUAUUCUUGCUUGUGUAUUCGUGGCAAAGGCUUGAGUUAGAUUGUUGGCCUAUACUGCUUGAGGAGGUCCAGGGAAAGUACGAGACAAAUGCUGUAAAACUGUGGUUUCCGCUGCGAGCAGUACUUGCUCAGACUUGUGGGAUUCCAACGGAUAAUGACUUAUCUAUUAUCAAAAGUGUCGAGGAAUUUGUUCAAACAUCAAAUCUUGGAGAAUUCAAGAGACGCUUGCAUCUUCUCCUCGCGUUACAUGGUGAGAUUUCUGGUGGUGCUAGUGUGGGUGCUUAUUCAAGUACUCCAGUGAAGAAAAUUCAGAAUAUUCUGUACACUGUUUUUGGCUACUACAUGCAAUUCUUGUCACUUGUUCUUGGGCAAAUUGGAGCUGUUAAAGGAUCCAUUGAGAAGGAGUUGAAAGUUCAGGUCAAGCUGUACAGCUGGGAGCAAGCGCCAUAUAGUACAGCUUCUAUUGAAAAUUUCAAGAGGACUAGGCGAAAGAUCUUUAAGCUUCUGCAACGGUUCAAUGAUAUUUUGCAAAAACCUGUCAUCGUUCUACUAAAUGAAGAAGCCACGGCAAGGAAAGUUCCAUGUUGGCUUGAUCCUCAGAGACCUGAAUCACAGUUUCCUGUUGAUACUGAAAAAUUUAACAAAAGGUUUUCGUGGUACAGCAAGUGGGCUAGUCAGACAUCUUUAUCAUUACAAACUUUGCAGCAUACAAAUGGUACUGCUAUUGGAGUUCCUACUGUCAAAGAAUAUGCGGAUGUUAUACACAAUGUGAAUCGCCGACAGGAUGAAGCCGAACUUAAUGACAGAUUGAAAUUCUAUUGGGCUGCACUUGAGAGAAUUUGUGGGGCAGCUAAUUUUGCUAAUACACUGAAGCAUGGGAAAAAGAACCAGAAGAAAACUGCUCUAUCCACUCUGUUCAAAACUCUCGAGGAAUGCGGACUAUCAAAGAACAAGCCGAUGGGUCAUGAGUGGGGAGAUGAUCUGGCUGCACCAAGUCCAUUGUUCUUGGAGCAUUCCUAUGAUGUGGCACACUUGCUCCAGCAAGCGAGCUCACAGAUAGCGCCGGAAGAUGUUAGUAUCGUUCAUUCUACAGUGUUGACCACAGAUAACUGGAAGCAUGCAAAUCAGCAAUACUUCAAAUGUUUGGCAAUGAUGCAACAACUUCGACAAGUUUCCUUGAAAUUUAACAAAGAUCUAGGUUUAGAGGAGGUUAACAGGGCCACAUCCUUUAUGAAUCAUCUGAUGACCAUGUUGUCUGAACAAAGGCAUCUUGCUUAUAAUCUAUUUGAUCAGCUGAACCAGUUUCGGCAUGUUAUUUUCAUGUUAGGUUCUGGAGGAGAGAGUAAAUCUCUAUCAUCACGCCAAAAUGUGCUGCUAAAUUCCAUGUGGCAGCAAAAGAAAUUGUUUGACAGUGUACUGACAAUAACCAUGGACACCAACUUGUUGCUCAGAAGCUUCAAGGAUUGCCAUUAUACCUCCUGUAACAACAUCAAUGGAGAGGUUGCAGCGAUGUCAACUCUUCUUGAAGAGUUCAUUCCAAGAUUUUCUGAAUCUAAGGAUUUAUUAGAUAAAUGCUUACUUGGAUCCAAUAAUAUAUUGGCUGGUGCAUGUAAGAAUAUGCCUCUUGUUACAAGAGAGAUGGAGCAACUUGUUGCUGAGAAUUGCCUGCUUAUAGAUAAGUUUAGACAAGACAUGCUGGUUCAGUAUGACAAUGAUAUUUCAAUGAGAUCCGUUAAGAAAGUUCUUCUGUCCCGCUUGGAAGAAUUGUUGAAGGGUAAGAUGACAAUGGAGAACCCCAGAGAAGUUAAUGAUGACAAUCAUAGACUAUGCUCUGAUGUCCUUCAAAAGCCUGAAGCUUCAUAUGCAGAAAUUUUGAAGGAAACUUUCAUGCUAGCUGUUGGUGUUGUAGGAAAGCUCACUGAGCUUGCAAUAUCCAAUAAUGGUGCUGAAGAUUCACCAGUGGGGUCUAUUACAUCAUGGAAAGAUAUUUUGCAGUCAUAUUUCGUGAAUCUUAAAUUGGACCGUAUCUGUGAUGCUAGUGAAAAGCUUUGUAUUAUAGUGAGGAGCCUGGUUGACUAUAAACCUGAGAUACGUUCUAGUAUAGAGGUGCACUUAAUGCAUCUUCAUGCUUGGUUGGGUGUGAUCCUGUCAUCAGCCGAAGGGAUACUUUCUGAACUUUUAGAAGCACACAUAACAACAUCAGAAAUGACUCGUGCACUUGGGGACUUUUUAAUUUAUCUAUUCACGGAGGGCUUUGGUUCCACAGAAGAUACAUCUGAAGAUGCUGAUGAUGAACGACAACAAGAUGCAUUAGGAACUGGAACUGGCAUGGGUGAAGGGGAAGGUCAAGAGAGUGCUACCUCUAAAAUAGAUGAUAUAUCACAAAUUGAGGGGACUGAAAAAGAUGCUAUGUGUAAGCCAGAUCAAGCUCCCAAGGAUGAUGAUAACGCAGUUGAAAUGCCAGAGGAUUUUGCUGCAGAAUUAUCUGAUGUUUCUGAGGAUCCUGACGGCAAUAACUCGGCUGAUGAAGAUGAAGAUAUGAACCUGGAUAACCAGAUGGGUGAUACUGGUGAUGCAAGCGAAGUGGUUGGCAAAAAAUCUUGGGAUAAGGAUGAAGAUGAUGAUCCCAAGACUUCUACUGAGAAAUAUGAGUCUGGUUCAUCGGCCAAAGGGACAGAGCAGAAUGAUAGGGAACCGAGAGCUAAGGAUGAAGAUUGUGUUGAGGGGGAAGAUCCUAUGGAAAUGGAUUAUGAUGAGCAAGGCAAGAAUAAUAAUUUGGAAGAUGAACCUAGUACCUGUGAGGAAACUGAUCUGGAUGCUGAUGAUAUCAUGAACAAAGCUGAUGCAUAUGAUGACCGAACAGGACCUGAACUCCCUGAACCAGAGAUUGAUUCCGAGGAUGUCGACACGGAGAGACAAGAACAAACUGACGAGAGAGAUGCUGACAAUGAAGAAAUUGGUUCAGAAGAGGCGGAACAAGCAGAAGAGAAAUCAGAUGAUAUGGAUGAAGGAGAUACAGCACAACAUGGUGACAGCGUGGUUGAUAAUGAAGGGGAGCAUGUUGAAGAUGCAAACAUGGAGCCAAAUAACAUAGACAAACAACAAUUGGACAAGAUUGACUCACUUAUGCAUCCUUCACUAGGUAUACAGCCUGACAAUGUGCAACUAGACUCUAACAGAGAAUCUGAAUCAAAUUUAGCCAACAGCAGUGAUAUGAACGGUGCAGCUGCUCCUUCAGUUCAUUUUUCAGGAAAUGAAGUGCCCAAUCUGGAAGUAUCUAUGCCCAACACUGGUGACGAUUCACGAUUAUUGUCCAACUCCAAGCCAGAGAUGCAAAAUGAUGCUUCACAGUCGCACAUCAAACAAACAAAUCCUUUCAGGAGCAUUGGGGAUGCAUUGGAGGAUUGGAAAGAACGAGCCAGAGUCUCAGCAGAUACCCAGGAUCAUCAACCAGAAACUGAACAUCAUAGUGAUGAGAAUGCUGCUGAAUUUCGUUAUGUGCCUGAGGGCGAGCAGAGCACCUCUCAGGCAUUGGGUGCCGCAACAGCUGAUCAAAUCAAUGAUCACACACAAAUCAAACAAUCUUCCUUGGAAGAUGAAAGCCAUGUCAGAAAAGCAGAACAAACUGAUGAGAAGGUACCUGGAGAUGAUAACCCUCAAGUGCCUCAUCUUCAAGCUUCACAAGCUCGUACCAGCAUGUCUGAAAAUGCCAACGAAUUUGAGGACAGAGAGAUUCAAACUGAUACGUCCAUCCAAGAUUUAGUUGAAGGCAGAAACGAUAAUACUUUUGGAGAUCUUGUUUCCUUCAAACAACCCCCAGCAGAUGACCAAAUAGCUAUACUUGAUGGCCUAACCAUUGACAAGGAAUUGCCUACUCAGAUGGAUCUGGACAUUGUUGAUGCAGAAACGGAAAGGGCUAUUGUGGACUGGAAAAAUCUCGAACUGGCAACCAUGAAAUUGUCCCAAGAACUGGCUGAGCAGUUGCGGAUGGUCAUGGAAGCAACUCUUGCAAGUAAGCUUCAAGGGGACUACAGAACUGGAAAGAGAAUAAACAUGAAGAAGGUUAUUCCAUAUAUUGCAAGUUAUUUCCGCAGGGACAAGAUAUGGUUGCGCCGAACUAAACCCAAUAAACGGAAUUACCAAGUGGUUAUUGCUGUUGAUGACUCACGAAGUAUGUCUGAGGGCAAGUGCGGAAAAGUUGCUAUUGAGGCAUUAGUUACAGUUUGCCGUGCUAUGUCGCAGCUUGAGGUUGGACAGUUUGCAGUUGCAAGUUUUGGAAAAAAGGGAAAUGUUAGAGAGUUACAUGAUUUUGAUCAGAUCUUCAAUGGAGAAGCUGGAGUCAAUAUGAUCUCUAGUUUGUCCUUCGAGCAAGAUAACAAAAUUGAGGAUCAACCGGUUGCUGAUCUCUUGAUGCAUCUGAACACAAUGCUUGAUACUGCCGUGGCAAGGGCACGCGCACCAUCAGGACAGAAUCCACUUCAGCAACUCAUACUGAUAAUAUCUGAUGGCAAGUUCCAUGAAAAGGAAAAUCUGAAGCGUCAUGUCAGAGAUGUUCUCAACAGAAAGAGAAUGGUGGCUUAUGUUCUCCUCGAUAGCCCCGGGGAUUCUAUCAUGAAUCUGAUGGAAGCACGCUUUGAACAGAACGGCGAGGGGGUAACUCUUGGAAGAUACAUGGAUUCCUUUCCGUUCCCGUACUACGUUAUGCUGAAUAACAUUGAAGCGCUUCCUUGCACACUGGCUGACUUGCUUAGACAGUGGUUUGAGCUCAUGCAGAGCGCCAACGAGUGAUCCUUUGGGGACGUGGGCUGACCAAAUUUUCCAGAGGGGAUGCCGUUGUGCUUUUCGCUGUACAGCAAACUGGGGAGUGGAUUCAUACACGUCAACGUGUUGUCUAGCUUCUUCUUUUUUUUUCUUUUUUUCUUUUUUCUUUUUUUGUGGCUUCGGCCUAACGGUUUGUAGCCUCAGGCCUGAUUCUGUACAAAAUGAACCACAGAUCCUUGUAAAUCGUUUCUGAAAAAAAAAAUGGCGUAGAAUUUUCUUGCUCACUUGCUAUUUUCAACAUUGGGCUUCGUCAACUACGUCUGUCAGCUACAAGUGAAUGCACGGGACACAUGAACACCGUC